AUGAUGAAUGCAGAAGCAAGACCACAAGCUGAUACCUUACCAUGUUUAUUUGCUAAACUUACUGAGAUAUACUCAAGUUCAAGAAAUAAAUCUAUCCAUAUAAAUCAACGUAAACGAUUACGGCAUACUAUUGACAAAAAUGUGCUGCAACUAUCGACGGCUGAUAAUACACCUCAAUUAAAAGCUGUCAAUGAAAUUGGGAUUCAAGUUUCUUUAUCACACCCAGAUAUGGAUAGUCUUUUAUUACAAUUAUCUCAGAAUGAAGCGAACUUAUAUGCUUUAGAAUUUCAACGGCAGCAAGAUGUUAAACUUAUAAAUAAAUAUCGGCAAAUAAUUAAUGAUGAUCAGCAAAUAAUCAAUGAAUUAAAGUCUCAAAUCAAGGAUUUAUUAUUUGAAAAUCAACAGAGUAUUAAUAUAGGUAAACAAAAGCAUUGUCAUGAAUGUGAUAAGAAUGAAAUUGAAAAUUCUAAGUGUAAAUGCCCUCAAUAUAAUGCAAAACUUCUUACACUUGCCAAAAUACAACAAGAAACUGAACAAAUAACUCCUGAGAAAGAAGAUUCUACCAAAUCUUUUAUUUUUAGAUCUCACAAGUUUGAAACAGAUAUCUCUGACAAGCAUACAAAUUCAAUUAGUAUAACCCAAAGAUCAAUACCCCAGAAAGAUGUUAAUAUACCUGAUAUUCAUGUUCCAGAUCCUUUACCAGUAAAUCCAAAUUCUAUCACUAAUGUUCACAAAGUUUUAGAUCAUAUUCAAGAAAUUAGUGGAAUUAAUAAUGGAUUAUCCGGGAAUACUCUUAGUGCCUGGUCCACUUCACGAGAAAAUGAACAUGUUAAAAGCCUUUGUAGAGUUGAAUUG